AUGUGCUUUAGCACUAAGUGGCGAGGUAUGUACCUAGCCGAAGGCUGACAUGCGCUCUGUUUUAUGACUAAGAAUGGAAAUCUUUUGAUAACACAAUUCAGUAUGUUAUCUUUCUGCCUGUGAAUAUUUUAGUUGUGAACUGCAAAAAAACAUGCUUUCUGAGGCGGGAAGAAAAAAAAAGUAGGGGUGGAGCACAUGCUGGAAAUUUCAUGACGACUGACAUAUGAACUCGUUCUGGUCACCAGCAGCCUAGAGUCAGUUCCUCCAAGAUUUUGCCACUGUCAGAUUUUUGCUGGGAUAGUAGGGCUCCAUUAUGGUUGGACAGAUGUUAGUUACUAGUUUUUACUCACACUUUUAUACUGUUUUAUUCUUGCUACUGACUGUCACUAUUACCCACUGCUUGAGAUUGAAAUGUAAAGAACAUGAAUAUCCUUUUGGUGAAAAAUGCUGCAAAGACUGUGCUCCUGGUGAAAGAAUGAGAAACCGCUGCACAGAAAAAGCAGAAACAGACUGUGUCCCCUGUCAAGAUGAAUACUUUAGUACUGAGCACAACCACAGCUUCUGCAAGAGUUGUACAGUCUGCGACACUAGGAUGGGGAGCAUAGAGGUGAAGAAAUGUGAGAAGACCUCUGACAGAAUUUGCAUGUGUAUUGCAGGUUACAUGCCAGAUGCCAAACAUACGCUGGGAAGUGUAUGCUUACCAUGUCGUGAAGGGUUUUAUUCUACAGGGGGGAAUGAAAGCUGUCAACCUUGGACCAACUGUAGUGUUCUUGGAAAAAAGACUCUUCGUAUGGGGACGAAAACGGAGGAUGCUGUUUGCAGCAGCCAGCUGACCCAGCCAACUACCUCUCGGAGUGUAACAUCUGCUUUGCACCUUUUCACCACCCACCGCAGGAAGAAGAUGUCAACUGCAAUGAUCUCCUCAUCCAAACCUAGUGUAGUCCCUCUUAUCAUUUGCCCAGAUAAGAACAGCCCCACAGAGACUAAUUGGGGUCCUUUAUCACUUAUUGUUAUUUGUCUGAUACUGCUCAUGGUAUCUGGAAUGUCCAUUCUCCUAUUGAUUAUCCAAGCAGCCAAAAAAGAGACCGAGAGGAGACCUUGUACGAACAACAAUCAGAGACAGAGCUUUCGACUUCCUAUCCAGGAAGAACAAAUCGACUCCGAUUCCAGUCUCAUCAAAAACUAACUCCACGUUACAUUAGUGUUUCCUGCAUUUCUGAGCCUGUCAAUUGUAACAAGUAAUGUGACAGAGUAUUCUGUGGAUAUACAUAAGGGUGUGUGUAACUGGUUAUUUGUACUUCUGUUCCUCUGAGUUUCCUUGAUCAACCCUUAGGCAUCAGAACCCAGGGAGGUGUAGCUGUUCAUGAUGUAAUCACAUGAUUCUUUCUCUCUCAGAUGGGUCCUGUGCACAUCAUCCCUGUUGCCAGGCCCCAGGUAGGUACAGCACUCUGGGCAUCUCUAACCAACUUUGUUAUAGUGAUAAGCAAUUGUCUUUGGACUGAAGAAAUUGCUUAUAAAGCUAUAAGAGCUAAUCACUGGGGAGGUGGAAGAAUGGGAUGGGCAAGAGGGAAGAGCUGCUUUAUAACAGAGUUUACUACUUGUCCUACAAUUCUAGACUGCCAAGGAAGGUAUGUCUCCCUUCUGUCGGUGCAACCAUCUCUAGUAUUUCAGUCUGAUUUCCAAGUGAACUUUCCUCCUUUUAGGCAGAGAAUUACACCCCACCACCACCACCAAUGAACCUAGCUAGCUUCUUUGUGUUUUCAGAUUUUCAGCUUUUUUCUUUGCCGUCAAGAUGAGUUGCAUAUGUUGGCUAUGCCUGCAAAGACAGAAUUGCUAGCAGUUCUAAUGCUGACACCACUAAUUCUUAGUUGCCAGUUUGAAAGGUGAUUAUUGGGGCCACUUCUGUCUUUUCUGACUUUCUCUAAACUAAGGCAUUGAGAAAAUGUUAUGUUAACACUGAACAGUGUCACUAUAGCCUGGCCAACAAAUGGAAUUAAUCAUGAUGACAGGGCAGCUCCAGAUCUAAGUGUUUGUAUGCGAAGUGUGUGGAAAAGAGAAUCUAUGUAUUCACUACUAAAAAGCCAAGGGAAUAAUAAUUUCAGAUUAGAACAUUAUUAGUGGAGACUGUAGUUUAAAAUGAGAAAAGACAAAGUACAAUUUGUUCACACUGUAUACCUUAGUAGUUGUUGUAUGUAACUUUUUUCCACAAGGUCUGCACAAACAACAUGCUCUGUGCUUCAUCUUGGUGAACAUCCUGCUGUGCUGAAUGCUCUGGUGUGUCCAUCCUCAGCAAAGGUGGACAAGUCAAACCUGAUCUCCUCCACAGUAAAAUAGUUUAGCUUAAACCACUUCUGUGGAACUUGAUUGCUUGCUCAGAAGUAAUUCUGUGGAUGUAGGGGGAACCCACAAGCAAGUUUGGAUCCAAACAGUGCUCCGGAUUUGAACAAAACAUUUAUACAUUUUACUUAGUUUUAGGAUCAUAUACUUGGUGAUUUAGAGUUUUUCUACUGGUGAAUGGUAACUUUGGUGUGAAAAGGUCCUCCAAAAAUAAUUCAAAAAAAAAGUAAUUCCCCAGGUGUUCUCUUUAGAUAAAAGAAUAGCUGGGCUCUUAACAGGGCUGACCCUCUAGAACUUUGAGGGUCGCAUUUUAGCGAAGACCUGCAGAAAUCAUCUAACAAGAGGUAGAUGCCCAAACUAUGCUGUCAUGAUUCAUCUGAAUGUUCACCUUCUGCAUACUGUCAGGGAAAACCUGCACUUAAAACUGAAGAAGUAUUCUUGGUCUGGUCUGUGUGCAUUUAAAAUACACUUGGAUGUGAGCCUACAUACUCUAUGAAAGCUGCAUCUUUACUUCAUAACAUUUUCACAAGUCAAUUAGUUUGUAGUUUUAGAGAGCAUUCAAAUUUAGAUAGCAAUUUCAAAACCUGAAGUGCAUGAAAGGUACCUGAAACAUUAUUGCAAAUGGCUUUUGAUGUAACUUAAAAUAUCUCAGCAUAGAAAGUUCAAGAAGAAAAAUUAUUCUGUAAUUCAUUUUUUUUUUUUUUACGUUAAAUAUAACUCCUUGGUAGAUAACUCAGCAAAAGAUUUAUGUAUUUUUAUACAAAAUACUAAAGCAUAUAUGAAGAUGUGCAACAGGAAACAUGUACAAGAAUAUAACUGGUGUCCAGAAACAUGUUUUUUAAACACUUUGUUAUAUGUUAUACAUAUGGUGUGUUUAACAGUGUUUUUCUAUAUUGAAGUGCAUAUACGAUGUAUAUAAGCAUUUGUAUUAUAUACAAAGUAUAAUA